UUCGAAGGUGAAGACUUUCCAUAUUCUCUUCCUAUGAAGCGCAGUAGUCUCGUAGAGAUAAUGGUCAAAGAGAGUGCCCACUACUCUCUGACCAAGCCCGAGGCCAGAGAUGAAUGGUCAUACAACUCACCUGCCGGGACCGGUCUUGUUCGGGUCAGUCCUGACCACCGCACCCUCGUCAUCUCGAUGUUUCACCAACUCUACUACCUUCGUAAUUUUCAUGAAGCAUUGAUCAGCAGCACUGGCGAAGGUCCAAGGCGGCAUGUCCAGCAUUGUCUUAGUCUUCUCAGACAAGAAGCCUUGUGCCAAGCCGACUUGGCCCUCGAACCGGGGGAUUUCAUGUCGCGCAACUUCGAGGAGGAUCGUUUUGGUGCCACGCACAUCUGUCGUGACUAG